UAUUAACAAAUAUUCACUUUCACAGAUGUUACAACAAAUGAAACGCAUGUUAACUAUCUAGUCAUAAUUUCAUCGAAUAUAUAAACACACAUACACGCUUUGAUUAUUAAUCGAGGAUAUUUUAAUCAAACCAAAACUUCAACAUAAUUUGACGAGUCAUAUAAAAUCAACAAUGCAGGCAGUGACUCUACCAUCCAUGGUUUUUAUCGUCCUUGUAAUUUGGUGCAUAGUAACUGAACCGAACAACGCACGUGCGAAUGGUUUGAAUAUAGCAAUGGCGAAAAAAUCAUCAAGAGUGAAUGUGGCUGCUAGAGCUGGCCCAUCUACAAUGCCUCCAAAAUCUAGCAAGUCAAGCAAAUCUACAUAUGUAUCAAGUAAAUCUGCAGUAAAAUCCAGUAAAGCUAUUAAGGAUACAGGGCCAAAAGAGACCACAGUUUUCCGUGUUCAGACGGGUAAUGGAGUGAAUACUGCUACCGCAUGGAAGUUUGGGGGCGAAGGGACGACAAAUAAUGCCAGUUGUAUAUCCUGUACAGAGUCCGGCUGCUCGGAGCACUACAGGAGUGAUCUUCUAGACCAAUGGGAAACACUAGGCAUUUCUAGGGUGCGAUACUCGAUAUAUAAAGAUUGCACAGAAGUGAAGUACGUUUUGUUCAAUGGUACAAACAGUAACUACACCAACUGGUUUUCCCUAGACAGAGUUAUCAACAGUAGUUACACGGACAUCGUUAGUUAUUACACAUCUCUAACUCCACAGGAGGCACUAGUGGUAUUUGCAUUAGCGCUUAUCCGGCCACCGAUUUUCAAUUUUGCUGCCUUCGCUAUUCUUGAUGGAGGUUGCGGGCAGUUUGCCCACUUUCUUACAAUAGAACCAUAUGACGACUAUAAUUGCCCUUUCCAAAUCGCAAGAGACUAUCCUUAUAUUUGGUACAAUACUGGAACUACUGCUGCCAUGGCAGAACAUCUACUGGCUCCUCUGGAUGUGUUUGACUUUGCUGACACAGCAAUCGUAACAAUCGAGUAUUAGAACUAGUGAUGCAUGGCCUUGAUAAAUAUUAUACAGUAUAUCAUUACAUACAUGUGACAUUUUAACAGCAGCACAAACACACUUAUCAUGGCAGGGUUUUGGUGGUAACUAUGGUCACAGUAGUUCGACAUAGAUACGCUAUACUGCCGAUCACCGAAACCGGACAUGCGCAGUGCAUUGGAUACAGCCAAACAAUAGUUACACCCGAACCUUGCCUAAUGCAAUAUAGAGCUGCAAAAUGUAUCUGAAUAUUUAUUAAAGCAUAUCUUAAA